CAGAAUCAGAUAAUGACACUGAUGAGAUACCUGCUGAGCAGAAAGCCAGUGUUCAAGACACGUAUGGCUGUGUCAACUGGGCGCCAAAGUUUUUGCCCCUUUCUGAGACUGUAGAGUCAGCUUAAGAAAAAAGAAUACAUGAAAAAGAUGUUCUAAGACAAAAAAUAUGCUGCAGAAGAUGUGAAAGAACUUAUCAAGUCCACCUAUUACACGCAACGAAAGGACAUCAAUAAAGGUACAAGCAUCCUGAAGCUAUGCCAAGAAUGGCCUUUUUUGUUCCAUGAAACUGGCAUGGCAGAACACUUCCAGCAACUUACUGGCAUCAGUCUGAUGGAAGCCUUCUUCACCAAUCUAGACAAAAAGGGGGAGCGCAUCGUCAACUUCCUUAAAACUGUUUUUGCUCAGAUAGAAAAACAAGUUCUGGAGUCUCUCCUCAAGUUAGCAAGUGAAAAAGGUCAGUCCAGUGGUUGUACAGAGAUGAUUCUUCUUCUACUUGCUUUUUUUGGUGAGAAGGAAGAGCAUAUGUUCCACUAUGUUGAGAAGACGAGCCUUCCUGAAGAGGUUGAGAUGGAGGAUGUGCCAGCAACACCCUGCCUUAUUGUGUGUGGGUCCUCUUGCUUCACUGCGGACUGCUUCAUGUUGAGUAUUGAUCAGAAGAUUAUCAAUGACCACAUCACUGCCUUCUCCUGUGCCAUCUGCCUGAUGUUUGGCAGUUACUACUGUUUUAAUAUACACUACCCAGUGGGACUGCGGUCAACACUGGAGUUCCUCCAGAGGUGUUUCUUUUCAAUUAAUCCGGAGAGAGGAACAAAAGUUGAGCAUAGCAAGAGGAGGAAAAUCUUUGCGGUCAACCCAAGAGUCCUCACACUCAUCGCUGACCUUGCAGACCAUGAGUGGACUUAG